CCCUUCGGCCCUUUCUUUGUCAGAGGCUCACAAUUGGCUAGCCGCGUUGCCAAGCUCCGGAUGCUGCUCGACCAUUGGAGGCCGCAGGCCCGCCCCUGCCAGCUAGGUGAAGGUGAGAGUCUCCUCCAGUGGCCCCAGCUGGACCGGACGGAGGAGCUCCAGGAGCGGUGUGAAACCUCUGGGCAGAUUCCCGCGCUCUCGCUAUGGCGCCUCCGUCAGUCUUUGCCGAGGUUCCACAGGCCCAGCCGGUCCUCGUCUUUAAGCUCACGGCUGACUUCCGGGAGGAUCCGGAUCCCCGCAAGGUCAACCUGGGAGUGGGAGCGUAUCGCACAGAUGACUGCCAGCCCUGGGUUUUGCCAGUAGUGAGGAAGGUGGAGCAGAAGAUUGCUAAUGACCACAGCCUAAACCACGAGUAUCUGCCGAUCCUGGGCCUGGCAGAGUUCCGGACCUGUGCUUCUCGCCUACUCCUUGGGGACGACAGCCCAGCUCUCAAGGACAAGCGAGUAGGAGGUGUGCAGUCUUUGGGAGGAACAGGUGCACUUCGAAUUGGAGCCGACUUCUUAGCACGAUGGUACAAUGGAACGAACAACACGGACACACCCGUCUACGUAUCUGCACCAACCUGGGAAAAUCAUAACGGUGUAUUUUCCACCGCUGGUUUUAAACAUAUUCGGACCUAUCACUACUGGGAUGCAGAGAAGAGAGGACUUGACCUCCAGGGUUUCCUGAAUGAUCUGGAGAAUGCCCCUGAGUUCUCCAUCUUUGUCCUCCAUGCCUGUGCACACAACCCAACUGGGACUGACCCAACUCCGGAGCAGUGGCAACAGAUUGCUUCUGUCAUGAAGCGCCGGUUUCUGUUCCCCUUCUUUGACUCAGCCUACCAGGGCUUUGCAUCUGGAGACCUAGAGAAAGAUGCCUGGGCCGUUCGCUAUUUUGUGUCUGAAGGCUUCGAGCUCUUCUGUGCCCAGUCCUUCUCCAAGAACUUCGGGCUCUACAACGAGCGCGUGGGGAAUCUGACCGUGGUUGGAAAAGAAGCUGACAGCGUCCUGCGGGUCCUUUCCCAGAUGGAGAAGAUUGUGCGAGUUACUUGGUCCAAUCCCCCCGCCCAGGGAGCACGAAUCGUGUCUCAGACCCUGUCUAACCCUGAGCUCUUUAAGGAAUGGACAGGAAACGUAAAGACAAUGGCUGACCGGAUUCUGACCAUGAGAUCCGAACUCAGGGCACGAUUAGAAUCCCUCAAGACCCCUGGAACCUGGAAUCACAUCACUGAGCAAAUUGGCAUGUUUAGCUUCACUGGAUUGAACCCCAAGCAGGUCGAAUAUCUGAUCAAUGAAAAGCACAUCUAUCUGCUGCCAAGCGGUCGGAUCAACAUGUGUGGCUUAACCACCAAAAAUCUGGAUUAUGUGGCCACUUCCAUCCAUGAAGCAGUCACCAAAAUCCAUUGAAGAAACACCAUCCCGUCCAGCACCACCAAAGCAGUUCUCUGUCACGUGUGUUCCCUGCCUGCACAAACCUUGAUGUACAUAUCAUGGAUUAGAGACUAUAGGACGAAAAGGGUUGCUCUGGUGAGAUGGCCUCUGCUUAAAUUGGCCCAUGUGAAGAGGACAUACCUUGAAAUAAAUCGGAGGCCUGGGAUUAGAGCAUUUUGAAGGCUAGAGCAAAUUAAGAUUUUUAUUUAAGAAUAAAAAAUACUUUGAUCAUGAGUUGUAGAUAUCUUUCCACCUUGCUAGAAGCAAGAAUGUUGCUCCUGUGCUUCUACAUGUUGCUCGACUCUGUACAAAGUCUAGUCCCAAAGAUCAAGUCAAGUCGUUUGAAGGAGCAAAGUGUGAGUGUGGGAAUUGGCUGUGGCAUUAAAACUCUUCAGCUCAACCCAGAGUGUCUUAUCUCCCUGCUCUUUCUGCAUGGUUGUGUCCCUAGUCCUAAACUCUAGUUCUUUAGGGCAACUGUGAUAAGAAAUAUAUUUAAUCAUGACAUACACAAAGGUACACACAUAUAUUUAAUUGAAACGAAAGUUUCACAAAACAGUGUUUAUUCUUGUUAUGUGUAGUGCAUUCUGAUAUUUUCUAGUCCAUUCUAUUCUCUUGUGUUCUACUUCACUAAAAAAAUAAAAUAAAAAUGCUGAUCAAGA